AUGCAAAACGGUCGUUUUGCUCCAAUGCAAAAAUCAUUUGUUGGUACACAAAAAAAAUCUAAAACAAUGAAAAACUUAGAAAUGGAUCAAAUGCAUAAAAAGCAAAAACAAUAUGGAAAUCGAGCUGAUCCACGUCAACAUCAACAAGCUAAACAACGUGGUUCACUUGAAUAUUAUGAUAAACGAUAUGAUCGUAUAACAACAAAAACUGAAAAGAAAUUAACUAUGGUUAAUCGUUUAAUACAUAAAAUUACAACUACAAAAGAUCCAGUUAUUCGACAGGUUCGAAAAAAAAACA